AUGGUCGGACGAAUUGUCUCAAGUUAUGCCCAGUAUUCUCGUAAAUGCUCUCAAUGUCACCUUCAAUCAUAUUUGGAGGGGGUCGUGGGCAGGGGUUAUGGGAGGGGGGCUUGCCCAGUGUGGUCAUCACUGUUUGAUAAAUACUUGACACCCUUCUAUUUUCAUCAAUACUCCGCUAUUUCCCCCCAAACAUUUUACUCGCUUUACACUCCAGGUUCUCAAUUCAAAAUGGCCGUCCCCAUUGGUAUUAACGGCUUUGGUCGCAUCGGACGUCUUGUCCUCCGUAAUGCCGCCGAACGCGACGACGUCAGGGUUGUAGCUGUUAACGAUCCCUUCAUCGAUCCUAAAUAUGCGGUCUACAUGUUCAAGUACGAUUCCGCUCAUGGAAAUUUUAAGGGAGAGGUUAGCACCAACGAUGCUGGCGACUUGGUUGUCAAUGGAAAGACUAUCAGGAUGUACUCCGAGAGGGACCCUGCCAAUAUCCCAUGGGGAGCUGCUGGAAGGUUAUCAUUUCGGCUCCUUCUGCCGACGCUCCCAUGUUCGUUGUUGGUGUAAACUUGGAUAAAUAUAACAAAGACAUUACUGUUCUCUCCAA